GGGAGGAAAAAAAUAAAGGCUCUAUAAGUUUCGGUAGAUUUAUUUUGGUUUAACCACAAACUCUUUUUUCCAAUACAGUUACAGUAAAAGCUUUCUUACUACACGUCCCAUAUAUACGCAGUACUAUUCGUGCAUGUGGAUUACAGAUUUGAGGAAGAAGCACUUCAGCACUUAUAUUCAGGCUCAUACAGCAGGCUCAUUUUUCCAGUAAUCCAUUUGAAGAGGAACAGAUGGAUCUCGAAGCUAGCAGUAUGGCGAGCAUGUUUGAAUAUAUUGAAGAUAUCGAUACCAUUCCGGAUCAACUGUGUCGCAAGGAAGACGUGGCCAAAAUAGGAUCCAUCCUUGUCCCGUUAUUCUUCAGCUUCGUGGUCGUGCUCAGUCUCACUGGUAACAUCUUGGUUCUUGUGAUUCUCGGUCUAUAUGAGAAUCUCAAAUCGUUGACCAACAUCUUCAUACUGAACUUGGCUCUGUCGGACCUGCUGUUCACUGUCGGACUGCCGUUCUGGGCGUGUUACUACAUCUGGGGCUGGACUCUCGGAGACGCGGCGUGUAAAGCUGUCUGCUUGAUCUUCUACGCUGGAUUUUACAGCAGCGUCGUGUUCCUGGUGCUGAUGACCGUUCAGCGCUACACCGCUGUGGUGCACCCUCUCUCAGACUGGGAAAGAGGACAGGGUUAUGCACAGCGUUAUGCAAUCCCAAUCGUCGGUUGGGUGGUGAGCAUCGCGGCGGCGUUGCCAGCCCCAAUCUACAGCUCUGAAAUGCCUGAUCCAGAAGACGCUACACAACUCUACUGCGAAUAUAAUUCCACUUACGCAAAGCUCGUGAUUACAUACGAACAGAACUGUUUUUUUGUGUGCACCUUUUUGAUUAUGGGUUUUUGCUACGUCAGAAUGCUGCAGAUUGUCUUCAGGUCACGGAGCAACAAGAGACAGCGUACUAUAAAACUCAUCUUGUGCAUCGCAGUCGUGUUCUUUUUCGGUUGGGCUCCUUAUAACCUGGUAAUUUUUUUACAAACAUUUACCAAUCUUAACAUCAAGUUUUUCACCAUCUGUGAGGUCACGCAUCAUCUCGACUAUGCCGAGUACGUCAGCAAGCUGCUGGCGUUUUCACACUGCUGCCUUAAUCCCGUGUUUUACGUUUUCGUCGGCGUGAAAUUCAGGAAUCAUCUAAAGGAGAUUCUGCAGAAGAUUUUUCAAAGGCCAAUCAACACGAGUACGCCACAAACACGAACUGCUAACGGUCAGUCCCUGGGCUCCUUGUACUGAUACUGCAACGGUUACAGACGCAGUAAUCGAGCUCUCUGAUUCGGUGUAAAUAUCUUUAGAAAAGAUUGAUAUAUUUAUUUGUGUAAUAACUGGCACGCUGUCCAGGGUGUACCCUGCCUUGUUCCCGAUGCUUCCUGGGAUAGGCUCCAGUUUCCCUGUGACCCUGAAAAAGAUAAGCGGUAUAGAAGACGGAUAGAUGGAUAUGUAUAAUAUCGAACUAAGUUUGUGCUGAAGUGCAAACUGUGACGUGGCGCUGAAACUUGUUAAUAGUAUUUAUACGCAGAAGUACGGGAAAAAAAAACCCAAAAACACCUCGCUGAUGAGACAGAGCAGAUGAGAACUGACAGACCGUUCUGAUCUCAGGACACGUCGUAUCGUAAAGCGUGCUUCAUCUCCUGCCAGCCACGAAUCUGAUGCUAUAGUAGAUACGAAUACUCACCGAAACUGGACAGAUGAAAAUUGGGGGGGAAUAAAACCCUCGUCAGUUUGUCUUUUUGCACAGGCGAACAGGUGUUUCUAAUAAAAUGGACGGUAUAGUAGAUGUCUGUACUAUUUUUGUAUUAAAGAUUAAAAUAAUGCAUCAAACGCUACUGUUCUCCUGCGCUCUGUGAUUAGAUAGAGGGAAAGAAGUGAAUGCAAAGCCGUGAGUACGGUUAGCGCGGACCAUGAUUCCUACAGUGGCCGCAAAUAUUCGGGACCAAUGAACGUACUUAGGGUUUACUUGCUCUCUGUUCACGUCACUGCUGAGAUCAAAAACUUUCAUAAAACAAUUUCGAACACAAUAUGGAAAA